AUGGAGAUAGCAACCAUCGAAAUGCCUAGCGGAAGCAACAGUAAGAAAACCAAAUGUCAGAGAAAUCAUUGGAAACGUUACGAAGACGACAAGCUUAAGCAACUCGUGGAACAAUAUGGUCCCCACUGGAACAUCAUUGCUGAACAUUUAUCUGGAAGAACAGGGAAUAGCUGUAGGCAGAGAUGGUACUAUGAACUUGCUCCAAACAUCAACAAGGGACCUUUCACCAAGGAGGAAGAAGAGAGGCUUUUCGAAGCUCAUCGGAUCCAUGGCAAUUGUUGGGCCAUCAUAGCCAAGCUGUUGCCCGGGAGGACUAAUAACGCUAUCAAAAACCAUUACCAAACCGCCAUGUCGAGACGCAGACGUAAAGGCUUCUCUUCCCCCCACUUCUCCGCACCUAGGAGUGAUCAGUUAGGAUCCUCAUGGAUAUCUAAUGCACAACAAGAAACUGAUCUUGAGAGGAGAAAGAGGAACGAGAUGGUGGAUCAUCAGGCAGCUACACCAGAUUAUGAGAAGGACUCAUCAGGAGAAGAUGGAACAUCCAUGAUGGAUCAUGGUGAAAAAGAGAGAUGUUCCUUUCUAUGA